AUGAGAGAAAAGGGUGUUCCACAUGAUAGUUAUACACUUCCAAUAUUGAAUGGAUCGGUUGUGUUGCUUGAAAGUGGCAAAAGAUUUGCAGAUAUGAUUCACUCUGUGGCAGUUCAAAUGGGUUUUGAAUCUGAUGUUUACUUUUGCAAUACUAUGAUUGAGGCUUAUGUAAAAAGUGGGUGUUUUGAGAAUGCUCUGAAGAUGUUUGGUGAAAUGCCUCACAAGGAUUUGGUGUCUUGGACGUCGAUGAUUUCGGGUUAUAUUGGUGAAAGGAAUGUUGGUUGUGCUUCUGGAUUGUUUCGUGAAAUGCGGAAAGAGGUGGAGCCUAAUGCAGUGACAAUUUUAGUGAUGUUACAAAUAUGCUCAAGUGUUUUUGAAGGGAGACAGAUUCAAGCUUAUGCGUUCAAAAGUGGUUUCUUGGUUGAUCAGUCGGUGAAAAAUUCGAUCUUGAAAAUCUAUGCUGACGUUGGUGAUGCUGAUGAUGCGGAAACUCUUUUUGAUGAAAUUGAUAAACGAGAUGUUGUUUCUUGGAAUAUAAUGAUGUCUUUGUAUUCUUCAGAAGGAAAUACUUUGAAUAUGACGAAUUGUUUCCGUAAAAUUUGGAACGAGUCGAAACCAAGCAUUGAGACAUUAACUUUAUUUGUUUCGGGGUUGGCGGAGGCUGGGAACCUUAGUCAAGUUUGGCAAAUACAUUGCCUUUCAAUAAAGAGCGGACUCUGCGAUGAUAUUCUACGGACAAGUUUGUUGGAUUUUUAUGCAAAGUGUGCCGAUUUGGAGGCAUCUGCUCAGUUAUUCACAGAAGUCUUGUAUAGAAACUGUAUUACUUGGGGUGCUAUGAUGUCGGGGUUCAUUGAAAACGGGUACUUUAGAGAGGCGAUUGAAUUGUUUUGGCAAAUGUUAGCUGCAGGUGUUCAACCCAUGGCUGAAAACAUGAGAAACCUUCUUCUUGUAUACACUCACAUGGGUGCUCUACAAUUCGGUAAAAGCAUCCAUGGAUACCUUGUAAGAAACUCAUUUUUCAGUUCUAAUGAAGAAAAUAGAUCCUUGGAGACUUCGACUCUUAAUAUGUACAUUAGAUGUGGAAGCAUUUGUGCUGCAAGAACUUGUUUCGAUAGAAUUCUUGUAAGAGAUCGUGUAACGUGGGCAUCAAUGAUUGAGGGUUGUGCGAUACAUGGAAAGGGUUUCGAAGCAUUGGAACUUUUCCAUCAGAUGGUGGAGGACGGAAUCAAGCCAAAUUCGGUUACCUUUAUAAGCUUAUUAUCUGCUUGUAGACACUCGGGCCUUCUGCACGAAGGCUGUGAACUCUUCUGUUCUAUGAAGUCAAGGUUUGGCAUUGAUCCCGAAUUAGAUCACUACACUUGCAUUGUCGACUUAUUGGGUCGAUCUGACAAGACGAAGGAAGCUUUGGCUAUAAUCUUGAAAUUCGUGAUUUUCCCGGACAGUAGAAUCUGGGGCGCACUUCUUGCCGCCUCAAGAGUUAACGAGAACCGGAAACUCGGGGAAUAUGCAGCCGAAAGGCUUUUUCAGUUGGAACCCGAUAAUGUUGGGUAUCACACAGUCUUUAGUAACGUGCAAGCUAGUGCUGAAAAGUGGGACGUAGUGGAAGAAGUUAGAAGUUCUAUGAAAAACAGAAAUUUGACGAAACAUCCCGGGUGGAGUUGCAUAGAAGCAAAAGGUACAUUUCAUGGCUUUGUCUCGGGAGAUAGAUCACAUCGUCAAACUGAUGAAAUAUAUGACAUGAUGGAAUGUUUAGGUAGGAAUACUCUAGAAACAGGAAAUUUGUCAUUCAACUGGUUCCCUAUAAUAGAUCUCUCUCUUCUGUGA